AUGGUGGGGAGGCUCCUCGCAGCACCAAUUUAUGGGACCACACAGGUGCAGCCAUCGCAGCAGCGGGACGCCCUAGGUUUCAAAAGCAGGGUUUGCAAAGCCGAAGUGAAGCCUGCUCUCCCCUGGCGGGACCCUGCUUCUGUUUCAAGCGCAGCCUGUGAAGCUUCUCACGCGGGCAGCGGCGGGCACGGCCUCCCGGACCCGGGCGCCGAGGGGCGGCUGGCGGUGUGCGACGAGGCGGCGCUGAAGGCGCGGGCGCGGCGGCUGCUGGGCCCGCGGCGGCGCGGGGCCCUGGACGUGCGCGGCGUGGCGGAGCGGUGCCGGCGGGCCCGCGGCGCGCAGGGCGGCGGCGGCGGCGUGCUCCGCGAGCUGCUGAAGGCGCUGGAGGUGCUGGAGCUGCUCUGCGUCAACCUCCUCCUCUCCCCCUGGAGGAAGGAGAUCAAGUCGCUGAAGACAUUCACUGGUAAUUUUGUCUACUAUAUUCAAUCUGUGCUCCCAGAUGACAUAGUAAAAACAGUACUGGAGAAAAUAGGCUACACUGCAACAACAGCAACAGAGUUCUCACUUGUCAGAAAGAGAAACAAUGAGGAAACAAAGCAGACUGCAUUUGAAAUAUUCCUGGCAAGAAUUGAGUGUGAAAUUAUCCUCGAAAUGACAAAUGAAGCAAAACAAGGCAUUUUGGAAAAGACCUUAAAGAAGGGAACACAAAUGCACUGGCAUCAUGGAGAUAAGAACAAAGAGGAUCAAACACCUCUGAGAGAAGACUCUGAAAAUCUGGAAAACAAAGAAAACAGUGAGACAGUUUUGUGCAUGGCUACUCAACCUAAGUCUUCAACUAACAGUGAUAUAUCCUUUGAAGCUGCUAGGAAUCUUAAGAUCAAAGACGACGUACCUCAGUUAGCAGUUACUCAAUCCACUGACAGGCUUCAGGAACACCAAAGGCAAGUCAUUAACACAACACACUUUCCGGGCAACUGCUCAGACAGUGAGGACUUCUUGAUCAAAUAUAGUGACAUUGUCAUAAGACAAACACCUAUUUUCAGUGAGAAUCUUUCUCAAAAAACUUCUGAAAAAAAGCCAAGGGACAGUUUAAGUGAAGAAUGUGUUUUGGCAGUCACUGCUCAGUCAACUGAAAAUGAGAUCCCACAUGUGCCACUCUCACCAGGAGCAAGUGGUCCACCAGCCUUUGCAAUGUUUGCUGACAGCUCUUGUGACAGUAAAAAUAGUUCAGAGUACAAAGUUCAAGUCUCUGAAGAGUCAAUUGAAGCAAAAAUUAGUGAUGCCAUAAACUGCAUAGACACAGACCCUGAAGAUGAACCCAAUGAGCUGAAGUCUCUGCCAUACAAAGAUAUUGCAUCUGUUCCAGAUCACAGUGUUCCUAGGGAAGAGGAAGUCUGUGAGUUGUCUUUAACCUUUACCAAACUACAAAUCAAGGAAACUCAAAAAGAGCUAAUGUAUCCAGUAGAGGAAACUAGACAACCUGAGUCAAUAGCGUAUGUAAGUAUAAGUGACAGGCAAGAAAGAGAUUUUAAUCAUUGCAGAAUAAAGUGUGCCUACUCAAGUAAUGCUCAGACACAGAGCGGAACAGCUGCAUGUAUUGAGCCAUCUUCAGAUCUGCACUGUUCCACUAGGAACACAGAGGAUCCCACCAACGGGUCUGAGAAUAAGAGACUUCUAAUGGACGGUCCUAAUGCACACACAGUUUGUGUGUGCUUCAGACACAUUAGAGAGCCACCUAAUCCCACCUACAUCCCACCACAAAGUAUUGAUGUGCAGUCUCCAAACAUAAGCAGCAGCACUGCACAUGGAAGAAGGAACUUGUUGCAGCCUGAAGGAGAUUCUCCUGAAUCCAUUGAAGUAAAGCCAGAGAGUUAUAAUUCAAAAAUAAAUGAAGUCCAGGAGCCUUAUGUCAUCAUUGACAAAACUGAUUGAGGAAUGUCUCGCCAUCAUACUUAAUUCUACCAGUGCUUUAUUUGUAAGAUGUCUGGGUUUUUUUCCCCCCUCACUUGUGGCCUUGAUCAUCCCUUUGACAAGAUGUUCAGCUUUAUCAGAACACUUAAAAACCACAAUACUUUUUAAAAAUCCUCCCUCUUUUUUUUUUUUCAUGCUUCUCAAGACUUGUUCGUGUAACAAUCCAAGUACGAAAAUGGAGCAAGUCUAGCAUGUUGUACAAUGACAGACAUGGGUAAAUGUUUCUAAACUGGAGGCCCUUAUUUUAUAGCUUCAUAAGUGCUUUACUGAAGGGCAUUUCUGUUGGCUCAUUUGCAUUCCUGUGGAGCUGUGCUCUGAGCUAAUAUUUUGCCUGUCAGCAGUUGAAAAUAGGUUUAGAAAGUUUGAUAACAUUCCUUUAAUAAUAAUAAUUAAAAAAAAACUUAGCCCUAUUUUUUUUCCUGUAGGGGUAAUAACCUUUAUCACAUUUAGAAGGUCCAAGCUAUUACAGGUUUUAUACCUGUCUCUAUUUGUCACCAAAAUUUUUGUGACAACCACUGCAGAUAAGCACUGAGCAUCAUGACAGCUAACUGCCAGCAGUAGAGGGAGAUCUUCCUACAGUUGUCACCUCCCUUGCUCCUGUUCCUACCACCUACCUUGCACCAGCUCUAGAGUUCACUGGGCCUUUCUGUGAGCCAGUUUGUCUCACUAAAACAAAGAGAAGGGAAAGGAAGGAAAGGAAAAAAAAAAAAAAUACAUUCCCUGGCAUCUCAGUGGCUGGAGGAAAUCAGAGAAGGUUACCAGUAAGUAUUGGAGCCAGGAUAAGAACUAUCCUGUAGGUGAAAGUGGUAUGUGAAGAGACUUGACCUGAAAAUGAAAGGGAGCAGUAUUGUUACUACCAGCUCAACUGUGCAACUGCAGCUAGAAUCCUAAUAUUGAGAACCUCAGUCACCUCCAAUGCCUUGCUGGAAAAUAUCUAAUACAACAUUUAAUUAUGUUUUGCAUUUAGAUAAGCAAGCAGUCAGCUGUACUGCAUUUCAACAUAAAAUUUUCAAUGCUUCUUUAUAUAAAUAUUACCUAGAAAAACAGCUUAUUUCAAUGCUGUUUCAAGUAACUUCAACAACCUGCUUCUUAUUAAAAAUUACUUUGAUAUUUCCAGUAGCACUUCAGUCCUAAGAAUGUUUUUUUUUCUUUCAUGAAUACCUAAAAUACUGACUGAAAUUAGUUAGUAUCAAUUGCUUAUAAUGGACUUCCAUACCAAAAAAUUUAAAGGGGAACAAAGAGAUUAUACUAGAACUUGGGAGCUAAAAAUGGAAAAUUCUCUGCUUUUUGAGUAAUUCAUUGAAGUCUUGUCAUCACUUAAUUCUAGCGGUAUAGGAAGAAUAAAACUUUGACUAAGGUAAUUUCAAAUGACAGGAUUCUUCAGCCUUGGGUAGGGGGUUGGACGGAGACAAAUAUUACAAAUACGCAUAAACAGAUCAGUAUCUCCUUGCUAUUCUUUCUUUGAAGUACUUAUUGGUGUUCUUGUUAACCAUAUUGGGUUUUUUAAAAUGCAUUUUCCCCCUUUGGGGGAUAUUAA